AUGUCUGGUCAAAAGUACCCACUAGAUCUGCUGGGAGAAUCUGGUAUCAUGGGAGAAUUUCAUGAGUUUUUAGAUUCAGAAUUGUCCUUCCAGCUUUUUGACUUACUUACCAAACGUAACAAGCAAAAAUUUGAAAGUCUCCCAGGUCCCGAGUCAUGCCAGAAGCAGGAGGUGCCAGUCUUGUGUCGAGGCGGCAGGACCUCAGACACAACACAAGAUAUGCAUUUGGAUCAUCCCCCCUCCUAUAGCCUGGUUGGAGGGGCUGAAGGUUCCGCUUCGAGGAGAGACGAUGAAAGAGGCCCGGUUGAAGAUUCUGCUUCGAGGAAAAACGAUGAACGAGGCCUGGUUGAAGAUUCUGCUUCGAGGAAAAACGAUGAACGAGGCCCGGUUGAAGAUUCUGCUUUCAGGAAAGACGAUGAACGAGCCGUCAGCCCUCACGUACAGAUUACCGCCUCGCCCAAGAAAUCACGACAUUGGUGGCGCUCGUUGUUAGGGUCACGGUCAAAGAAACAUCAUGACCCUCUCCAGCCUACGUCAUCCUUCCUAGAGCCUCAUGAACCUCCUCAGCCUACGACAUCCUUCCCUGAACGUCGUGACCCUCCCCAGCUUAGGGCAACCUUUCCAGAUCCGCCGCAAUAUUCUCCCAUGCCCCCAAAAGCUCAAGGCCCUCGUCGCAUAUAUGAGCGAACCGAUAGACAGCGGCAGGAAAGCCCGAUCUUCAAGUUGCCAAAGCCCGUAUUGAUCAAGAUAAUGAUGGGUCUGACGCCAAUAUCUCUCUGGUCUAUCCGACAGGCGUCGGCACUUUUCCGAACUCUUUUUGACGACCGACAAUUUUACUCGUUUCACGACAAGGUGGGCCUGUAUGAUGUUCACAUUAAAUUCUCCACCGGCAUCAUGUCACGGGAGGAAAGGAGAGAGGCCAGCGCAAUGCUUCAACCGAGGAAAGAGGUGGAGCACUGGUGCACGGCAUGCACUCGGGUCCGUCUCCUUGGCGAGUUCGAACCUGCCGUGAUCAAGCUUCGCGAGCUGCGAUUUUGCAAUGCAUGCGGAGAGAGGCAUGCUGGUAUAUUUUUCCCCCAGGAAAGCAUAGAAAGGGGCGAUGAAAAUCUCGUUUGCAUCGGAAGGCUAGGUAAAUGGGAACUGUGCUCUCACAUGGAGCCUAUCAUGUGGGAUUCCCUCAAGGACAUUCUCUCUGUUCCAAACAUCGAAAAGUAUGGUGGAUGCCCCCACCCGGAGCAUCAGCGAUGUUCCAAGAAAGGCUCGGCAAAAUAUAGCUCGUUCCCGCGGAUGUUACUCAUACGAUGGUUGCCCCCGAAUGAUUCCCACACUACCAUUAAGAUUGGUUGGGAUCUUCCGUUGCUGGAUAUCGAUAGCAGAGAUCCUCCCAGCACGGCGGGUAUUCGAAGGACCCUUCAACAGUUGAUUGUGGGAGGUGCUCUUCGGAAUCACAAGACUUGUCCUCACAUGGCGGACAGAAAGGCUCUUAGUGACUUCAUCUCGGCUGCGGCUUGUUCUCUGGGACGCCUUGUAAAUGCUCACGUCCCCGGAACCGGAAACAAUUUUUGA